CCGCUUUGCAUGUGGAAUUUGCGCUCAGCUAACUCAUGCAUGGAAGAAGCUGGGCCACUCUUGAGUUCUGCUGGCCUUGUAGCCCUGCCCUGGGAUGGUAAAAACCGAGUCAAGGUGAAAGGUGAGAUGCAUCUGGGCCAUGGCAACCAGUCCUUCAUCACCGAGUUCGUCUUCCGCCCCUUUUCGUCUGUGCCUACGACACAGCAGCUCCUCUUCAUGCUCUUCCUCCUGCUCUACCUGACCAAUGUCAUCAGCAACACCUCCAUCCUCUGGGUAGUCUGCACUGACCACACCCUCCUCUCCCCAAUGUACUUCUUUCUGGGCAGCCUCUCGGGGCUGGAGCUGUGCUACACCACUGUGGUAGUGCCCCAGAUGCUGAUCAGUGUCUGGGAUGUCCACACCACCAUCCCUGUGGCCAGCUGUGGGGCCCAGAUGUUCUUCUUUGUGGCCCUCGGCGGUGCUGACUGCUUCCUGCUGGCAGUCAUGGCCUACGACCGGUACGUGGCCAUCCGGCACCCGCUGCGCUACGCCCUCAUCAUGACACGACAGCUCUGCCGGCGGCUGGUGGUCGCCUCGCUGUUCCUUGGGGGGCUGCUCUCACUGGAGCUGACAGCCCUGGUCUUUGCCCUGCCCUUCUGCAGUCGCCAGAUCAACCACUUCCUGUGCGAUGUGCCGCCCGUGCUGCGCCUGGCCUGUGGCGACACGCGCCUCCACCAGACUGUGCUGUUCAGCGUGGGCGUGGCUGUGCUGGCCAUCCCCUUCCUCCUGAUUUGCUUCUCCUAUGCCCUCAUCACGGCUGCCGUGCUGCGCAUCCACUCGGCCGAGGGUCGGCGCCGCGCCUUCCACACCUGCUCCUCCCACCUGACGGUGGUGCUGCUGCAGUACGGCUGCUGCGGCCUGGUCUACCUGCGCCCCAAGGCCGACUCAACAGAGGACGAGGACCGACAGAUCGCUCUGAUCUACGCCUUUGUCACGCCACUGCUAAACCCCCUCAUCUACAGCUUGAGGAACAAGGACGUCAAGCAGGCCCUGAGCAGAGCCGUGAGGCGGGCAUUGGCAUCCCAGCCUCAGUGAGAGGCCGGACGGCCAUGUCUCUGCGAACAGUUCCUGCCCCCCACACCAUGGGCAGACCCAGGCCAUGUCUGCCAGCCCCAUCCCUGCUCCUCUGCAAUGGGGAGACCCAGGUUCCACUGUUAGGCCUGGUCACUCCGUGCAGCAGAAGCCACCUGUUUCUAUACCACAGGUAGGAGGCAGGCGUGCCCGAUGUGGGAGUGG